AUGACACUCUUGGAUCAUUUGGAACGCAUUAAAGAAGAAUAUAAUUAUUUGCAAAACCAAAUUCAGCAGCAGCGAGUCGAAAUAGAAAAAUUGUCGCAGGAGAAGGAGACAAUGCAGCGACAUUACAUGAUGUACUACGAAAUGUCGUAUGGUUUAAAUGUUGAAAUGCACAAGCAAACUGAAAUUGCAAAGCGUUAUAAUGCGAUUCUGUCACAAAUAAUACCGUUAUUACCCGCUGAACACCAACAGUCUGCAUUAAAUGCAAUGGAACGUGCACGAUCGUUGAGCAUCGCCGAGUUGCAGGCAAUUGGUGGUCAAGUGCACGCUCAGCAACAACUUGCAAUGUUACCUGGAAUGGCGAUGGGUGCACCAAUAGGUUUGGCCGCACAAGCACCAUUUCAUCCAUCAAUGGCUGCGGUUGCUGCAGUUGCUGCUGCGGGUAUGGCGAAACCAGAUGAAAAAAACGAUGAACGUAAUUCAAGUCGCACAUCAAGACCGAGAUCGAGCACGCCUGAGCCAAGUUCAAAACGAGCCAAAAUGGAAUCAGAAGAUGGUGAUGGUGAUUUGGAAAUCGAUGUACAGAAUGAUGAUCCAUCAAAUGCAUCUGCAUCAAAUGGUGUAAAUUUAAAAAAAGAUGGAAGAGAAAGUGCGCAAUCAGCAUCAUCAGGUGAUUCGACUCCUAAUAAAGCUCGUAUGGCAAAUGCAUUAGCACCUGCUGAUAUGAAUGCGGUGGCAUCUUCAUUACUUGUAAAUCCAGCAUUAGCAUCAUUCGCAGGUCGUUCUGGUCUACCUACUAUUUUAGAUCCUCAUACUCAAGCAAGAUUUAUGGCUGGUAUGGGACAAGCAACAGCGUCUAUGCCUAAUGGCAAACCAUCUUAUGCAUUUAAAACCACUGAAAGCGGUCAGUUACAACCAGUUAAUUUCCCACAUGAUGCACUUAUGGGCCCUGGCAUACCAAGAAUUGCCAGAAAAGUUCAUGAUUUACAACAUGGUGAAGUUGUUUGUGCUGUUACUAUAUCACAACAAAAUCGAAAUGUUUAUACUGGAGGAAAAGGCUGUGUUAAGAUAUGGGACAUAUCAAGGACAGAUUCUUCAAAAACAGUGAUCUCAACAUUAGAAUGCCUCAAAGAUAAUUAUAUACGUUCUUGCAAGCUUUUUAACGAUGGCUCAACGCUUAUUGUUGGUGGUGAGGCCCCCACGAUUACUAUAUGGGAUCUUGCAACGGAGAAAAUAAAAGUUGAGUUAGAUAGUGAAGCUCAAGCAUGUUAUGCAUUAGCUGUGUCGCCUGAUAACAAAUUAUGUUUCUCAUGUUCAGCAGAUGGAAAAAUUAUUAUCUGGGAUCUUGACUCGAAGAAAAUGAUAACUUGUUUGCCCGGUCAUCAGGAUGGUGCAAGCUGUGUAGAUUUAUCAAGUGAUUCAUUACGAUUAUGGAGCGGCGGUUUGGAUAAUACCGUUAGGUCAUGGGAUCUUCGUGAACGGGUACAGUUGCAACAACACGAUUUCGCAUCGCAGAUAUUUUCAUUAGGUUGUUGUCCAACAGACGACUGGGUUGCUGUUGGUAUGGAAAAUAGUAAUGUUGAAGUGCUUCAUGUGAACAAACAAGACAGAUACUCAUUACAUAUGCAUGAAAGCUGUGUUUUGUCGCUAAAAUUCGCUCAUUCUGGUAAAUGGUUUAUUUCAACAGGCAAAGACAAUGUUUUAAAUGCUUGGAGGACACCAUAUGGUGCGUCAUUAUUAACAGCAAAGGAAAGUUCAUCAGUACUAUCAUGCGAUAUAUCGUCUGAUGACAAGUAUAUUGUAACCGGUUCCGGUGAAAAGAAAGCCACCGUUUAUGAGGUCGGCUAUUGA